AUGCCUUGCAACCCUCAAGCCAUAGCUCAGUUCUUUUCAGCGAUUGAAACCUUUUAUUUACAAUGCAGGCCAGUGGCUGCCAAUACUUCCACUCCUGUGGCGGCCUCCCAGAAUUGCAUCCCGGACACCCUUCCCAGUGAGCAGGUCUGCGCAGGUCCUUCAACCUCGGCCCCCAGUGCGAUGCAACCUGGGGGUGGGUCCGGCAACCGGCCCCAAACACGUUCCCAGUCUUCGCGUGCUCAGAAGUCAAAAUCCGGUGCCACAAAAACCAGCGUUCUGGGGGCCAGCGCCAAAUCAACAAGGCCUGUUCGCCCUACUUCUAACCAGCAGGUAAUUGAUAUACCUAGUAUAUUUCAGGAAACACCAUCCCAGCCUAUGCCUUUGGAGGGCGCCUCGGGUUCUUCCUCGGAAGAGGUACUUCUUCAGCAGUCAACACCAACAUCCACUGACCCAGCCCCAGAGGUCAGCGGAACCCAGGGAGGAAAGAGAAAAGCUAAGAGAAAGCACGUUGCUAGGAAGAGUAAGAGAAGCGAGCCGUCAGAUUCCGAGGAUGAAACAGGUACCUCUUCAUCAGAAUAUGAUAGCGACGCCCCCAUGGAAAGCUACUGGGGAGAGGGGGAGAAUAUUGCUGGGAUCCCACUUUGGGUGCACGAGAGGAGGGCCAAUUCACACCAAAAAAACCUUUAA